ACUUGAAGAAGAGCAUGUUUCCAGCUAGCAGAUACAGCAGUAAAGCCCACAGGUGUAUCAGGGUGCUGAAGUCAGUCCAAGGAGAGCAUGCUUCACCUCAGCAUUACACCGCCGUGCACAACAGACCGAGCAGCUCCUCUGUGUCUGCGCCUCGCAUCACAACACACUACACCAUCCAUCCCCGGGACAAAGACCCAAGAUGGGAAGGCGUGGAAAUGGAGAGGUUCGCCGACGAGGCGGACGUGGUCAUAGUGGGCGGGGGUCCCGCGGGUCUUUCGGCGGCUAUUCGUCUGAAGCAGCUGGCCGCGGAACAGGAGAAGGAGCUGCGAGUGUGCCUGGUGGAGAAGGCCUCUCAGAUAGGGGCGCACACGCUGUCGGGCGCCUGCCUGGAGCCCAGUGCGCUUCACGAACUCUUCCCCGACUGGAAGGAACGAGGGGCCCCUCUUAACACGUCAGUGACCGAGGAUAUUUUCAACAUCUUGACAGAGAAGCACAGGAUUCCGGUCCCCAUGUUGCCAGGUCUGCCCAUGAGGAACCACGGCAACUACAUCGUGAGGCUAGGCAACUUUGUGCGCUGGCUGGGCGAGCAGGCCGAGGAGCUGGGGGUGGAGUUGUAUCCCGGCUACGCUGCUUCUGAGGUUUUGUUCCAUGAGGACGGGAGUGUCAAAGGAAUUGCCACCAACGACGUAGGCAUCGCCAAGGAUGGCUCACCCAAGGACGUGUUUGAGAGGGGCAUGGAGCUCCACGCUAAAGUCACCUUGUUUGGAGAAGGCUGUCACGGACAUUUGGCCAAGCAGCUCUACAAGCAGUUCAACUUGCGUGAGAACUGCGAUCCGCAGACGUACGCCAUCGGCCUGAAGGAGUUGUGGACCAUUGAUGAGAAGAAGUGGCGACCCGGCCGAGUGGAGCACUCAGUGGGCUGGCCUCUCAACAGGAACACGUACGGGGGGUCCUUCCUCUACCAUCUCAAUGAAGGAGAACCUCUGGUGGCCCUGGGCUUUGUGGUGGGUCUAGACUACACCAACCCUUACCUGAGCCCCUUCCGAGAGUUCCAGCGUUGGAAGCACCAUCCUUUUGUGGCCCCCACUUUGGAGGGAGGCAGCAGGAUCGCUUAUGGCGCCCGCGCUUUAAACGAGGGCGGCUUCCAGUCCGUCCCCAAGCUGACGUUCCCUGGAGGCCUGCUGAUCGGCUGCAGCCCAGGCUUCAUGAACGUCCCCAAGAUCAAAGGCACCCACACGGCCAUGAAGAGCGGCAUGCUGGCCGCCGAGGCCAUCUUCCCCAAAGUGACGGCGGAGAGUGUCCAGUCGGAGACGGCGGGGCUCCAUGUUCCCGAGUACUCGGAGGCCUUGAAGGCGUCGUGGGUGUGGAAGGAGCUCAAUGCAGUGAGGAACAUCAGACCAUCCUUCCACAACUACUUUGGCCUGUACGGUGGCAUGGUCUACACGGGCAUCUUCUACUGGAUCCUCCGAGGGAAAGAGCCCUGGACGCUCAAACACUGCGGCCGAGAUGCCGACCAGCUUAAGCCGGCUAAAGAAUGCACGCCCAUCGAGUACCCCAAGCCCGACGGCAAGAUAAGCUUCGACUUGCUGUCCUCGGUGGCGCUGAGCGGCACCAACCAUGAGGGCGACCAGCCCGCCCACCUCACACUCAAGGACGACAACGUGCCCGUGGACAGGAACCUGGCCAUCUACGGCGGGCCUGAACAACACUUCUGUCCCGCAGGUGUUUACGAGUACGUUCCCGCGGAAACGGGCGAGGGCAUGCGUCUGCAGAUCAAUGCUCAGAACUGUGUGCACUGCAAGACGUGCGACAUCAAAGACCCCAGCCAGAACAUCAACUGGGUGGUGCCGGAAGGUGGAGGCGGACCAGCUUACAAUGGAAUGUAAAUAUUUAUCUUUCUCCACCACAUACACUUGAAAGAUGACUGUCAAGUAGCAAGUAACAAGCCUGCUGGAGUAAUAUCAUUUGCAUUAAAGAGUGUAUUUCUUAAAAUAUUAUGUGACGGAAAUGACAACUUUUUGCUGCCAAACCAAGAAAGCUGGUAUUGAAUUUGUAAUUAGCAUACAGUGGCCUUUGUUGUGGUUUUAAUCAACACUGCAAUAAAAAUACCUCUUUGAAGACACAA